GAUAAAUAUAUAGAAUGAAAUAUUAAAGAGAAGAGAUCAAGAAGAAAGUUCAAUUGCAAGGAAGAAAUAUCUCAAAGUUGAAUAUUAAACAAUCUAUUUUAAUAUAUAUUUCAAAGCAGGAAUAUGGAGUACACAUUAGAAGAUGCUUUUGAUACACUGAAAGAUAAAAAAGCAGAACAGAAAAAGAAUAUCGAAGAUCUCAUAAAUAAAAUAUCGAACAAUGAAGUCUUUUCUCUAAAAUCAACCAGUUCAUUAGAAGAUGUGAAAAAGAAACAGAACAAGUUUUAUGAAAGUUUGAAAAAGGAAAUCCAACAAGUGGAACCUGAAGAUUAUCCAAUUCUGAGAACAUCUGAUAUACGUGUGGAAGUAAUAACUGAGAUGGAAGCAGAAAUUCACAAUAUGCAGGAGCUCCUUAGCAAUCUGCAGCAAAAACUUUCCGAUAUUCAGAAUGAUAUCAAAUAUUUGAGAAAUAAGGAAGAUGGACUGAAAAAAUUGCAAGAAUCUUAUCUGGAUAUCGUGAAGACUUUGAAGAUAAAACAUAUGAAAAAGGAAAUAAUAGCCUUAACGAAACGUAUAUUUCUGCAAGUCAAACAUGAUCUGUCUGUUGUGGUGGAUAAAAUUUUUCCAGACAAUGAUGGUUUCAAAGAAUUAUUAGCGGCACUAACGUCAGCUUACAUGAAAGGCGGAGAUGAUAUGUAUAUAGAUGUUACACCAAAUACUUUAAAUUAUAUAAAUUUUUUAUUGGAAGCUGAUAUAAUACAAUAUCAUCGUAAUGACAAAACUAAGAUUAAAAUGACUGAAUUAUUAUGAUCUGAUAA